UAUGGGAAACGAAACGGGAAGGUUGUAAGCUUGCAGCAAGUACAGUUCCAGUACAGAAUUUAAUGUAAAUAAACAAAGUCAAAGGAACCGCUUCAACAUCAGAUGUGUUCCUCAAAACUAUGUUUUGUAUGUCUAACACUAUUUGUGCUGUCAUUUUUACCUGAACAAAGUACUUGUAAAGAAACUGAGCAAAACAAAUUGUAUGAUAAAGUCAUCCCCAAACCUAUCAAACCAAACGAAGAAACACUGAAACAGAUCAUUCUUCAGAACUCAAGUAAUAUGUCGGAACAUGAGAGACUUGUAAAGAGGGAAUAUUUUAUUUCUAAGUUAUUUGAAGAUUUUGGUAAUGAAAAUGGUGUGUUGACACAUGAUGGACUGGACAAAAUGUUAACACAGUUAGGUUUUAAAGUUGAUCCUGUUGAUAAAGAUCAUGAUCACAGCGAAGACCAUCAUCACAAUCACUUUGAAAAUGAGCACAAACAUUCAGAAGAGGAAGAUCAGACUCCCAGGAAUAAAGAUAAAAGAUCUUUGAAAAUUACUUCAAAAAAUGACAGUUCUGUUAAAGAAAAAUACAAUGUUGACAGUUUGUUACAUGAGUAUGGAUAUACAGCUGGUAUAACAAGGAACCAGUUUGUUAGCUUUUGUCCUGGGUUUCUGUUCAUGUUGAUGGGUUUAGAGCAUGCAGAUGAACAUGAUCACAAUGGAAUUCAUCAACAUCUGAAUACAUCAGAGAGUAGCUACCGUCUCCCAAAAGUAUGGGGAUUCAGCUGUCUGUCAGUGACUGUCAUCAGUUUAGUAGGACUACUUGGUGUAACUGUGAUUCCUAUCAUGCAGAAAGUCUUCUAUAAUCACCUGUUACAGUUUUUAGUAGCGUUAGCUGUUGGAGCCCUCUCUGGGGAUGCUAUGUUACAUCUCAUUCCUCAUGCAUUCCAAAGUGGACAUUCCUCGCAAGGUGAACAUGAUUCACAUGACAACUCACAGCAUAUGUCAUCUGUAUUGAAAGGGUUGUGUGGGCUUGGAGGAAUCUAUUUCUUUUUUCUUAUAGAAAGACUCUUGACAAUACAUACACAAGAAAAACGGAAAAGAAAAAAGGGUAAAUCUAAAUACACAAAUAACAAGACAGUAUUUAGUAAGGAACAACACACCAGUUUUAUAGGACAAACAAGAAAAAUCAAUGAACCUGAUUGUGAAGAUAUGAUAAUGGGCAUUCAUCCUGGACACAAAGCUUUGAAGAAUUAUGCGGAAGAAUCUCACAAUACAGACUGUCACAAGCUGGAUGAUAUGAGUGAAGAGGACAAUCAUGUCAACUGCAAGAAGUCUACAGAAGAGGAAGAGCCAACGCUAGUAUUAAGUCAUUCGCAUGGUGGUCACGGUCAUAGUCACUGUCACAAAGUACCCAAGACAGUGGCUGCUAUUGCUUGGAUGGUCAUUAUUGGUGAUGGAAUCCACAACUUUUCUGAUGGUUUAGCUAUAGGUGCAGCUUUUGCAGAUAGUUUAACAGGAGGAUUGAGUACAUCUAUCGCUGUAUUCUGUCAUGAACUACCUCAUGAAAUAGGUGAUUUCGCUGUUUUGUUAAGAGCGGGGAUGACUGUUAAACAAGCCCUGGUAUAUAACUGUGUAUCGUCUGUUCUUGCCUUCAUGGGUAUGUGUAUUGGUAUUUUCAUUGGUAAUAUAGAUGGUGCUAGUCUAUGGAUUUUCGUUGGAGUAGCUGGCAUGUUCCUGUACAUUGCUUUAGUUGAUAUGCUUCCACAGGUGUCGGAUGUUGAUACAAAGAAGGGAGAGCAUCCGCUGUGUCAUCUUUUGUUACAGAUUUCAGGAAUGUUGUUAGGAGGUGGAAUAAUGUUUCUCAUUGCUAUAUUUGAACAUGAUAUGAAGAAUAUCUUCUGAUAUGAAUCAGCUGAUCAAACUAUAAGAUAGUGCAUCCACAAACUGGUAACCUAAAAGAAUGACUGAUGAUGUAGUAUGUGUAUGAGGGUUUAUGUGGAGAUAGUUAUUGAUUUGCAUUAAACCAAUUUUAGAAAUCCUUUGUGAACAGAUGAAAUCUCGAGAAUUUUUUCCUUUUAUUUGGUGUAUCUUUUUUUAGACAGUAUACUUAUUAUGGAAUUAUAUUAAAUGAAAUUGAACAAUGGUCUUCAUUGAAUAGAAGUGGUUCAUAAUAUUGCUUCUAUUUAUAUGUGCAUUUAUAUUUUAUUUUCCUUUCACCUCAACAAAGUUGAAGAAGUGAGAAUUUUCAGUCGCUGUUUCCUCAGGCCUGGUCAAUGAUUUGUAUAAGUUUGUGAUUAGGUCAGUUUAAAGGAAACUAGUAAUGGUAUGUCAAUGAUAUUUGGUAGUUGCAUACGAAUCCCAUUUCCAUGGAGAUUAUUUGGCCCACCUUCUCAUUCAUGGUACUUUUGAUUAGUUUAUAUGUAAAGGUUUGUGAUUAGAUCAGUUUAAGAUGAACCACUAAUGGUAAGUCAAAAUUGUUUGGUAUGCAUUAGCAAAUCUUAUUUCCAUGGGUAUAUAUGCCCUUGCUCAGUCAUGUUGCAAAGACUUUUGUACUUUUGCACAGUUUUCACAUUUGUGAUAAGUUAAGUUUUAAGGAGAAUUUUAAUGAUCUGUCAAUGAUAUUUGAUAUGCAGCUGUAUUAGCAUUGCCAUAUCUUAUUUUCACAGCAAUAUUUUGGCUCAGCACCUUCAGUCAUGGUUCCUUGACUUUGAAUGUUUUUGAUUGUUUACAUGUUAAAUAUUGCCAUUUUUAUUUCAAAUUUGAAUUUUACUGUCAAAAUGUAUACAUCAUGUACAUACAGAUGAGACAGUUUUGUUAAGUAUACCUUUACAGUUCUCAGUUAAGGAGUUUAAAAAAAUACAUUAGAAAAAUAUAUGAUUUAUGUCCAUGUCAAUUGUUGUCUUUACAUGUAACUAUAAUUGGGAUUGGAAUGACAAGAGAAAUGGAGAAUAAGUGACAAGUCUAAAAUUAGUUUAUAUAUAUUUUAAAAGUAUCUGUUUAUUUUUUGUUUUUAAGUUGUGUGUGUUUUUUUUUUUUGUGGGGUGGGGGGUAGGGGUUUGAUGCUUUUAAGAUGAAAUGUUAUAUUAGAAUUGUGUGUGAUGAAAAAUCUUGUCCAUGUAUUCAAAGUUAAAAGGUAUGGAUUUAAAAGAUGUUUAAUGAUGAGAUUAAAGAAUUUGUAAACUUGAAAAGUUCAAUUCUAAGUAUUCCUAUUUCAUUAAUGUUGUAUUAUUUUUUAUUGACUUUAAAUGCAUUGAUGUUAUGAACAUCUUAUAUUUUGUGGACCAUUUUUUGCAUAUUGGUUAAAGGUAUCAUUUAGGUGGUUUUAUAAUAUCAAAUAUGUCCUUUUACAAUAUUUGUUUUGUAGAUACUCAUUAGAUGACAAUGAUUACAGACUACAGUAUUUUUUAUGCCCCGCCGUAGCGGUGGGGGCAUUAAGUUUUACCCUUGUCCGUCUGUACGUACUUCCCAAAAUUGGUUUCCGUUCUCUAACUUGAGCUUGCCUCAAACAAAAGUUAUGAAACUUAUACACAAUGCUUAUUACCACAAAACAUAGAUCAAGUUUGAAUAUUGGUGGCGUCACUGUAACCGUUCUAGAGUUAUGCCCCUUUAUAAAUGGAAAAAUUGCAAAAUUUUAGUUUCCGUUCUGUAACUUAAGUUUGCCUCUAUCAAAUGUUAUGAAACUUAUAGACAAUGCUAAUUACCACAAAACACAGAUCGAGUAUGAAUUUUGGUGGCGUCACUUUAACCGUUCUAGAGUUAUGCUCCUUUAUAAAUGGAAAAAUUGCAAAAUUUUUAGUUUCCGUUCUCUUACUUAAGUUUGCCUCGACCAAAUGUUAUGAAACUUAUACACAAUGCUAAUUACCACACAACACAGAUCAAGUUUGAAUUUUGGUGGCGUCACUUUAACCGUUCUAGAGUUAUGCCCCUUUAUAAAUGGAAAAAUUGCUAAAUUUUUAUUUUCUUCUAAAUAUCAAGUAAAUUUUAAAAUUGGAGUUAUCUUCCUUUGUCCAUGAUUAUAGUUGAAUCAACUACAAUCAAUGCUUUAUACAAUGCAAUGUUUAAUUUUGACUUUCACUGAUAAAACACAGAUUAAGUUGAAUUUGGGUAGUGUCACUUUAACCAUUAUUGAGUUAUGCCCCUUUAUAAUUCGAAAGAUUGCAAAAUUUUUAGUUUCCAUUCUGUUACUUAAGUUUGCCCCAACCAAACAUUAUGAAACCUAUACACAAUAUUCAUUACCACAAAACUAAGAUCAAGUACAAAUUUUUUGUUUCUGUUUUCUAUCUUUAGUUUGCCUCAACCAAAUGUUAUGAAACUUAUACACAAUGCUUAUUACUACAUAAUACAGAUUAAGUACGAAAUUUGGUGGCGACACUUUCACCAUUCUUGAGUAAUGUCCCUUUAUAAACAUAAAAAUUGCUGAAUUUUUCGUUUUCGUUCUCUAACUUUAGUUUGUCUCAACCAAAUGUUAUAAAACUUGUACACAACAGUUCUAGAGUUAUGCGUGUUUACAUCACAGUUUUUUAGUUUCUGUUCUCUACUUAAGUUAGCCUCAACCAAAUGUUAUGAGACUUAUACACAAUGCUUAUUACUACAAAACUCAGAUCAAGUUUAAAUUUGGGUAGCGUCACUUUUACCGUUCUUCAGUUAUGUCCCUUCAUAACUAUAUGAUAUGCAAGCAGGGGCAUCAUCUGUGUCCACAUGUGGACACUAUCCACAUUUAUUCUCCUCUCAUACAGCCAGUUCUUAGUAGUGUGAUGUGGCCUUGUGAUAGAGAUGAUCUCUUGUGAGGUUUCAAUUACCGAAAAAAUACUGCCUAUAGGAACAAUUCAUUUUGCAUAAUAACAUGUGCCCCCUCAAAUUGGGCCUUAUUGGGGAAGGACAACCUUUACAGUAACAUGUAUUUUAUAAGAAUUGUAAUUAUUCCCCUUGCUACAAAGUACAGAAAGGGUAUAUAGUUUUUUCAUUUCAGAUACUUUUUAUCCAAUUACAAUCAUGCAUAUAUUUAUGCUCACAUAUAAUAAGAGAAGGAUCUCAUUGAUUUUGAGGUCAUUACCUCAAAAGUCAAGGUCGCAAUUAUUAAAAAUAGACCAAAAUUUGUGCAAAAAGUGGUUUCCUAAUCGCCGAAGUAGUUUAUAUCAGAUUGCAACCAUACGUGAAUUAAUGCUCACACAUAUAAUGAGAUAUUUAAAUUCUAGAGGUGUUGACCCAUAAAAUGAUAAAGGUAAUAAUAAAUUCGCUUUAUACAUGGAUUAGUUCUCAUCAUUUUGUGUUUCCCUUAAAGCCUCUGAUCAAUACAUGUAAAAAGACAAAAUAAGUACAGGUAUAAUAUAACAUUGGUGUUUGAAUUGUAGUGCCGAAAAGAAAUUUGUUUUAUAUAUAUUUAGUUCACCUAUACCAGGGGACCAGUUUGACAUACAUGAAUUUUAUGGUCACUCGGUGUUGACCAUUAUUGUUAAUGUUUUGGCCUACCUAGGCAGAAAUAUCUGAUGACCCAUUGCCAUUAUUUUGUGUUCAACCAUCAUUCAUUGUUAACCUAACAGCUUGCCAAGCCCUAAAGGCUAAUGUGACACAUUGUUAUGAUUUUAUGUUCAACCAUUUUAUAUGAUAAAGCCCAUAGGGUUAGAAGGAGGUAUUGUUUUUCACUUUGUGUUCAGCAAUCUUUUAUUGCUGAUAUAAAAAAAUCUAUUUAUUCUGCAAUUGGAUACAUUGGUAUCACCUAUGUGGUCCAAAUGUUUGGUCAUUUAUUUUUUUUUAUCAAAUCAAGUUUAUUGAUUUGAUUCAAGUUUAUUGAUUUGAUUCAAGUUUUUCUCAAUAAAAGUUAUAAUUACAAUCCUUUGUAUAUCUCAAUUUGUGUACUGUUUUAUAGCUAUACAAGUCAAAGACCAGUUACUGUUAAUUAUCAGUUACCAUCAUCUGACAUUUAAUGUAAUGACAGCUCACUGCGUAAAUAAGGCAAAGUGCUGUUAUCUUCAUACAUAAGCUUUACACAUGGAUUAGUUCUCAUCAUUUUGUGUUUCCCUUAAAGCCUUUGAUCAAUACAUGUAAAAAGACAAAAUAAGUUCAGUUAUAAUUUAACAUUGGGGUUUGAAUUGUAGUGCCGAAAAGAAAUUUGUUUUAUAUAUAUUUAGUUCACCUAUACCAGGGGACCAGUUUGACAUACAUGAAUUUUAUGGUCACUUCGGUGUUGACCAUUAUUGUGAAUGUUUUGGCGUACCUAGGCAGAAAUAUAUGAUGACCCAUUGCCAUUAUUUUGUGUUCAACCAUCAUUCAUUGUUAACUUAACAGCUUGCCAAGCCCUAAAGGCUAAUGUGACACAUUGUUAUGAUUUUAUGUUCAACCAUUUUAUAUGAUAAAGCCCGUAGGGCUAGUAGGAGGUAUUGUUUUUCACUUUGUGUUCAGCAAUCAUUUAUUGCUGAUAUAAAAAAAUCUAUUUAUUAUGCAAUUGGAUACAUUGGUAUCACCUAUGUGGUCCAAAUGUUCGGUCAUUUAUUUUUUUAUCAAAUCAAGUUUAUUGAUUUGAUUAAAGUUUUUCUCAAUAAAAGUUAUAAUUACAAUCCUUUGUAUAUCUCAAUUUGUGUACUGUUUUAUAGCUAUACAAGUCAAAGACCAGUUACUGUUAAUUAUCAGUUACCAUCAUCUGACAUUUAAUGUAAUGACAGCUCACUGUGUAAAUAAGGCAAAGUGCUGUUAUCUUCAUACAUGUUAUUUUUCAUUAUAAAAGGUCUUUUUUAAUUGAUCCAUAUAGAACAGGAAAAGUUUUCUAUUUCUUAUUGCCUAGUGGUGAGACAUGAAUGAGGCAACAUGACAUCCUUUAUGAUUAUUCCAUAGAAUAGCACACACUUGUGUUUGCUGGUAAAGAUUUAAAGUCUCAGUUUAUUGUGCUAGACCUACCUUUUGCAACCUUUCAGUUGUUACAAUAUUUUCAUCCAGACUUCCUGUUAAACAAUUCAAGAAAUGCUGUGAAUUUCUUACAGCGACUGGUACAAGACCAGAAUCUAUGCUUACAAAAAAAUGUAUAUGUUAGGAAAUCUAGAUCUGGUGUGACCUAAAUACUCAACAUUUAGUUCACUGAGCACUUGUUUGGACUGCCAAUUUAUUGUAUUCCAUUUAUGAAGAACAUAUCACUUUUUUUUAUUUUCAUAAUGUAAGGGGGUUGAAAAUUAAAUUUUUGAAGAUGUUUUUGUGUUUAUUGUACAUGUACCUGUGUGGUUUAUUUUUAGAUGUCAUUAUUGAUUAAAUGUAUCAAAAUCUUAAUAAAUUUUAUACAUCUA